GAAAAUCUUAAAAUGAUUAAAGAAAGGUGGCUGUAUCCCUCGACUUCAAUUAAUCCACAGAGCCAUGUAAAAAGGCAACCGACUGAGCGCUUUAUGAACAGAUUUAAAAGUUUUUACAUCAGGUUUCCCGGCUGGUGAUUAUCCAUGAGGAAGGAGAGGCUGGACAUCAGAUGCCUGACCUCGAGAGGCCGGUUCAAGCUGUUUCUAAGGCUGUGGCUAACCUAGCAAAGGUUGGUCGUGAAAUGGUUUUCUCUACAGAUGAUUCAAUUCUACAGCAGGAUAUGCCUUUAGCGAUUACUAAGGUCGAGAAUGCAUCUUCGUUAUUGGAGGAAGCCUCGAACAUAUCCCGGGACGAUCCCUACUCGAAGAUGGCUCGAACCAAGCUGAUCGAAGGCUCGAGAUGGAUUCUACAGGGAACAUCAAGUGUCCUACUCUGCUUUGACGAAUCUGAGGUGAGAAAGAUCAUCAAGGACUGUAAGAAGGUUCUGGACUAUCUCUCUGUGGCCGAGGUGAUCGAAACCAUGGAGGACCUGGUUCAAUUUGUCAGGGACUUGUCACCAAGUCUGAGCAAGGUAACCAGGGAGGUUGAAAAGAGAGUGGAAGAUCUAACUCAUCAGGUUCAUCGUGAGAUAUUAUCAAGAUGUGUUGAACAGAUUAAAACCCUUGCUCCAAUACUUAUUUGUAGUAUGAAGAUAUUUAUUCAGAUACUGUCACAGGGAGGUAAAGGUCACGAUGAGGCUGGUGAGAAUAGGAACUACCUGGCGGCCAGGAUGUCGGAGGAGGUGGGGGAGAUCAUCAGGGUUCUACAGUUGGUCACAUAUGAUGAAGAUGAAUGGAGCGGAGAUAAUCUUCAAGUGAUGAGAAGAAGUGCUGCUACUAUAGAUACAAAGAUGGAAUCUGCAUUGGAUUUUCUUAGAGACCCCAGAGCACUAGAAGGUGGAGUAGGAGAAAAAUCAUUGCGCACAAUCCUCGACCUAGCAAUCAAGGUAGCUGAGGGUUCCCUCCCUCUUGAUGCCGAGCAUAUCCGCCGUGUAGCUGCUGACGUCACAACUCUUACCAACGGACUCUGUGAGCUGAGAGCUGCAGGGCGGGGAACCACGCCUCAGGCUGAGAAUUUGGCUCGAAGUAUUGAAUCAAGAUUAGGUGAGGUCUGCGCUAGUGUUGCUCAAGCCGUAUCCAGACUAGAGAAGAGUGGAAUCCAGCAACCUGCCCAUACUGUUCAGGGUAGACUUGAUCAAGCUAGGAGAUGGUUAGAUCAACCUGGACUAGAUGAUAGGGGUGUUGGACAGCAGGCAGUAGAUUUAAUCCUAGAAGAAGCCCGGAGGGUUGGAGAAGGAUUAAACCCGACCUCUAGAGCUAAAAUACAAUCCCUCUCCUCAGCAAUACGUUCAGAUCUAGGUAAGCUGUUGGAAUCCUCCAGAAGAGGGGAUGCUGGAAGUCCAACCGGAAUCAACCUGGCGCGAGGUAUCAAUCAUAACCUGGUUGACCUGGUAGACUGUCUCCAGGGUGCCCUGGUUGAUCGGGUAGUUCAGGACUUCCUUGAUAUAUCCACUCCCCUUAAACAGUUUGCAGAUGCGGUCCUCACUCCCUCCACCGAUCCUGUAGAACGGGAGGAGACCCUAGAGAAUAAAUCUGCCAAACUAAUAAAUUUCUCAGAAAGGGUUGUAUCCACCUCUAAGCUGGUAGGUACAGGGAACACAACAGGUAACAAGAAGGUCUCUGAAGCUAUACUAGCAGCUGCAGGUCAAAUUGAAUCCUUGACCCCCCAGCUAGUAAAUGCGGGAAGAAUACGCAUGGUGUAUCCUGAGAACAAAGCAGCUGAUGAACACUUUGAAAAUCUGCGAAAACAGUACGCAGGAACUCUGGCCAGAGCAAAAGCUUUGGUGGAUGAAACAACAGACUCUGUUAGAUUUAUCGGAGAGUCUGCCCAACUUAUGAAACUGCAUUCAAAACUCUGUGAGGAGGCGAUACAUAGACUGGAUCCGAGUAAAAUGGUGGAGAACACUUCCGCCAUAGCACGCUUGGCCAACAGAGUUCUUCAAUUGACUAAACAAGAAGCUGACAAUUCUGAAGAUCCAAGAUACAUUUCUGUUCUCAACAUUUCUGCAGAGCAGCUUCAGUCAUGUGUAUCUCCUAUGGUACAGUUUGCAAAGGUUGUCGCUAUGAAUAUCCAGGACAAGAACGCUGUAGAAGCGUGGCGGAAGCAAAACCAACUUCUUCUCGAAGCCGUUCACGGUGUUCACUCAGCGGUCUGUUCAAAUCAUUCAAAUAACGAUGAACAACCACCUCUUCCACCCUAUCCUGAGCUCUCUGCCUUGAGAUUAGACGGUGAUUAUGACGACGCACCCCCUCGCCCUCCACCCCCCGGUAGCGGAUACAACAUGUACACGCCUCCUCGUCCUCCCCCACCAGACAGCACAGACGACGAGUCUGAAAAUCCAUUUGACUGUGCCCCUACCCCUAGCCAAGGUCCAAUCAUGAUGGCUGCACACGACCUUCAUCAAGAAGUGCGUCAAUGGUCCAGCAAAGAUAAUGACAUCAUUGCUGCUGCCAAGAAAAUGGCAAACCUGAUGGCAAAGUUAAGUAAGUUGGUCCAGGAAGAGGAGGGAAGCAAGCGUGAGCUGAUAUCUAUUGCCAAAGCUAUAGCAGAGGCAAGUGAUGAAGUAUCCCGAUUAGCUAAGGAGCUUGCAAAAGAGUGCACAGAUAAGAGGAUGCGCAUCAAUCUUCUUCAAGUAUGUGAGCGUAUUCCUACAAUCGGAACUCAACUCAAGAUCCUCUCAACAGUCAAGGCGACCAUGUUGGGAGCUCAAGGGUCCGAAGAAGACCUAGAAGCCACCGAGAUGUUGAUCGGGAACGCGCAGAACCUGAUGCAGUCCGUGAAGCAGACUGUAACAGCAGCUGAAGCAGCUAGUAUUAAGAUAAGGACAGAUGCUGGAAUCAGGUUGAGAUGGGUGAGAAAGAAUCCAUGGUAUCAUUACUAACUACUCAACCAGAGCUUAAAACUUUAGACACAACACACCUAGGAUGUAAAUGGUUGUAAUCUUAUCCUGAAAAAUUUUUAUUUUACAAAAUUUGUAUGUCACAGAAAACCAAGAAACCUCUAGCGACAGAUUUCAACAAAAAUGCGUUUUUUUCAGCAUACCCUGAUCUCGUGUGCAUUUUUUUCAUCAUUGUUACCAAUCCAUCACAAAAUUGUAACCGACGUCCGUUCCUGAUUAUAUUUUUAACGCAUAUAAAAGGGUUCAAUAAAUUGAACUUUAAAUGAGAAAAUUGUUUUCUUAAAACUUUGUUAUAAAUUAAGUGCCUAAAUAUGACUGAUUGCAGUAAAUCACUGAAAAACUAAUAGAAAAUUUUUUCUAAUGUCUAAUGUCAAAAACUUUCAGAUGAAUCCGAUUUUUUUAUAUUUUGUAUUUUGUAAGAUUAAGUAUUAAAGUCUGCAUUUAUUAUGAUUUUUAUCCAAAUUGUUGAUUUUUUAUAAAAACUAGUUUGACCAGUUCUAUAUUUUUUGUGAUAUUUCUUAUGCAAUUGUUAGAUUUAGAUCAUGCAUUAAAUACUAAUUUAUUUUCAAUUGUAAAACCAGUUUUGUAAAUCUUUUUUAUGAACAUUAUAAUUAACACAUUUUUUUAAAUUUCGCUCGUAACUUGGUUGAUUUUUGUUGUACUUCAUUGAAAAUAGUGAAUUCACUGUAAUAUUAAAUCCCCCCCCUCAUCCCCAAAAAAA